CAAGAUCGCACAAAAAUGCCGUACGACACUGCAGCCUUCGAGAGCCUGAGCGCAAGUGAGCUCGACGCCUUCAAGCAGAAGGACGGGAAACUUCAUCUCUUCAGCAACAUUGCAUGCCCCUACGGUCAUCGUGCGCUGUGGACUGCGGUGGAAGUGAACGCGCCAUUUCACGUGAUCGAAGUGUCGUUGGCGAAUCCCCCACCGGCGUAUUCGGACAAAUUCAAUCGGUACGGCACGGUGCCGUACUUGCUCUCGAAUGGAAACCCAAUCUACGAGUCCGCGAUCAUUGCCCAGUACUUGGACACCAAAUUCGGCAACGGUGAAAUCUUCCGCCGCAACAAUCCGGAAGAAGCUGCGUUGGCACAAUUGGCCGCUGCGAAGUUUGAGGCAGGGCCGUUGUAUCAACUUCUUCGCAAGUUUACUGACGAAAACGUGGCUGAACUCAAGGAGUCGCUUGCGGAAGUAGAGGCCGUGUAUCGUAUCAACGGGGCCGAAUAUCGCUCUCAAGGACCGUACUUGCUUGGCAACACUCUCAGCAAUGCCGAGAUCCUCACGGCGACUGUGCUGUUCCGCUUCGAGAUUGUGCUCAAGCACUACCACAACUUCGAUCUCCUGACCGAUUUCCCACUGCUUGCUGCCGCCUUGGCCGCUGUCAAGACACGCUCUGCGUUUCAACAAACAAUCCGCGAGCCACAAGUGUACAUCGACAUGUAUGCGAAGUUCGUGAACAAGUAAACCACCCCUUAAUCCCAUGGCCACUCUACCGUGGUCUUGUGCCUC